UUGAAAAUAGUUAUCGCAAAAACCUGAUGCGGAUGCCACAGCCGGAUGCAUGGAAUUAGCAAGUAACUUAAACCGGAAAAACUAAAGAUAAAUUGUGCCAAAAAACUAGUUGAUUAUGAUGUGUAAAGAAAUCCGGGUGUAUAUAUGUUGUGUGUUCAACAAAUUAAGCAAAAAACAAAUGGAAGGUAGUGCAUACAGGGGGUGAAAAGGGAAAGAGGAGGCUGGCAAGGCUCUGGUGGAACAAACAGAAGUUAUGACAAGUUCAACUUGGAUAAGAAUCAACAAUUUUCAUUUGAAAUAACCGAAUGCGAUGCAAUGUUAUGCUGUUGUUGGCUAAUUGGCCAAUCAAAAACUGUCAACUGCCAAAAGGUCAGAGCUCAGUUUUAACAAUUAAAAACGACGCAGCCAACAACGACGACGGCGACGCCGGCAACGCUGCUGCAUCCUUGUGACCCAUUCCCGCACUCCAUCUUGUCCAUUCGUUGACAAAAGCCAAGGCAAACGGAACGGAAAAUGCAUGAAAAAGGAGAAAUCUGAAAAGAGAGAAAUUAAGAAAAAAUGCUGAUGAAAUUGCUGAACUAGUGCCGACUAGUGCAACUUCCGGUGCAUAAAGAAAGUACACACCACACACGAAGACGAAGCCCAAACAAAGCGCAAAACAAGAACUGUCAAGUGCAGGACCUGCUUUGCAGGAUGUGUAGAUUAGAAGCAAAGAAGACAACGACGGACUGAACAAUAGUUUAACCAACCAACCAACCAACAAGCCAGCCAACUAACCAACAAUCUAACAAAACCGAACCGAACCGAACCAUACCAUACUUACGGUACCGAAUCAACAAACAGCAAACAAAACUCCAACAAUAUGUGCUCGACCGCAUCCUCAUCCGCAUCUGACAAUGCAUCAAAUGACCUCAUCGGAGGCACUGUUCCCAGUCCUAGUGGCCGAACCAGUAUCAAAACGAGACAACGUUCAGGGCAAGGACACUGCUUAAACUUGCGCAUAUUUAAACUUUUGAUUAGCUGCUGCUGCUGCCUUUUAAUGUUGAGCAUUUACACAAAUGCCUGGCAAUUGUCCAUCGCAUCGGGAUUUGGUUCAUCAUCGAGUUCAGGCAUCAGUUGGAGUUGGGGUGUCGGCGCCAUGGCCAGCAGCAUCAAGGGACGUGGCGAAGCCCAUCGUCUUGAUGAGAUUGGCCCACUGGCCAGCACCACAUCGUUGUCGUCGGCAUGGCUAACACAAAGUAAUAAUCAUGCAAACAUUUCCGAAUUGCUUGACAAUUUACUCAGAGGUUAUGAUAAUAGCAUUCGUCCAGAUUUUGGUGGUCCUCCUGCUACCAUAGAAGUUGAUAUUAUGGUUCGAAGUAUGGGACCAAUAUCAGAAGUUGAUAUGACCUACUCGAUGGACUGUUAUUUUCGUCAAUCCUGGGUGGAUAAACGUCUCGCCUUUGAGGGCGCUCAGGAUACGCUAGCCUUGAGUGUCUCAAUGUUGGCACGGAUCUGGAAACCGGAUACAUAUUUUUACAAUGGCAAACAGAGCUAUUUACACACAAUUACAACACCAAAUAAAUUCGUUCGCAUCUAUCAGAAUGGACGUGUACUCUACUCAAGUCGCUUGACAAUUAAAGCCGGCUGCCCCAUGAAUUUGGCCGAUUUUCCCAUGGAUAUACAGAAAUGUCCAUUAAAAUUUGGUUCAUUCGGAUACACAACCUCCGAUGUCAUCUAUCGUUGGAACAAAGAACGACCGGCAGUGGCCAUUGCCGAGGAUAUGAAGUUGUCCCAAUUCGAUUUGGUUGAUUGUCCGGCAGGCAAUUUAACAGACAUUGUUUACAAGGCGGCUGCACCGAUGCCCCAGCCUCACCAUCAUUCGUACAAUAACAAGGAUAUGCUACAAACGGGUGUUGGUGGUCCAAAGCCAACAAGCAAAGUGAUGACCACAUUCGCGGGGCCAGCAGCCAAGAAUCAGCAUGUUCGUGGCACUGGUUUAAAGCUGGACAAGGGAGCCUUUGGCACCGGCAAGGGUGUGGGCGGAGGAGGGGCUGUAACCAAUUUAGCUGGAAGUGUCACACUGGAGACCAAUCAUCCAUCUGAAUAUUCCAUGCUAAUGGUGAAUUUUCAUCUUCAGCGUCACAUGGGUAACUUCUUGAUUCAGGUCUAUGGUCCCUGCUGUCUCCUGGUCGUUCUAAGUUGGGUCUCAUUCUGGCUAAAUCGUGAGGCAACCGCCGAUCGGGUCAGUUUGGGUAUAACCACAGUGCUUACAAUGACAUUUCUGGGUUUGGAGGCACGCACCGAUUUGCCAAAGGUCUCCUAUCCCACGGCUUUAGAUUUCUUUGUAUUUCUAUCGUUUGCCUUCAUUUUCGCGACCAUUUUACAAUUUGCUGUGGUACAUUAUUUCACAAAAUAUGGCUCGGGCGAAUGUUAUUUCAUCAUAGAAGAAAUGGAUACAGAUUCCGCCGACUCGGAGACGGAAAGGCAAUCCGAUUUUCGCGAUAGCACCGAAUCAAAAAUCUAUGAGGUCAUCCCUUUAUCAAUGUGUUCUAUAAAUAUACCGGCUGGACCACAUUCCGCGGGUAGUAGUCGCCUGGGAAUGCUGCCAUCGAGGCGAGCCUCACGCAAUCGUCGCCAUGGACUGUGGACAAUGAGUUUUUUGCGCUGCUUUGACUGGAAACGACAACCGUCCCGGCAUCGGGUGGCUUCUUCCGAUGACGAUGAUGAAGAUGAUGAGCAGACACAAUUGCGGGCUCACGAGCUGCCAUCCACAUCAGCUCAGGCAGCGGCAGCAGCUUCUGCGGCAGCCGCUAAUCCUCCAAAUACUGGACGUCGACGCAUGUCAUUCUAUCGACGUGAGGAAAUGGAGGCUCGCCGCAAAGGCAAACGAACACCGCAAUACAAUUCCGUGUCAAAAAUCGAUCGAGCCUCGCGUAUUGUUUUCCCAUUGCUCUUCUUUCUCAUCAAUGUGUUCUAUUGGUAUGGCUAUCUAUCGAGAAGCUCUCGCAUUUUGGCCAAUACGCCAACGAGCACUUGAUGUUACCUUUUAGCAAUUUAGACACAAGUCCUUAAAGAAAUCAAUAAGCGACGCAACAAGAACUAAUAUCUAUGCUAGAUGAAAUGAAAUAAGAGAAACAAAGAGAUAGAGUGAGUGAGUGAGUGAGUGAGGGGGAAGGAGCAUGGUUGAAAAGAGGGGUAAAUUUAUUUAAAGAAGGGCUAUACAAAUUUUUGGGCUUCAGUUUUUGCUCUUUAUCUUGAUUUGUUCAAAUCUGCAGAACAACAAUAACGCUUUACAUGAUUUCUUUAUGCGCUAAAUUGCUAAAUAUAUCUAUCGAACAUAUCACCAGGACUUUUGGUAUAUAAAUACAUAUACACAUAUAUAAAUAUAUAUUUAA